AACUUAAUCUUAAGUUCUGUUCUCAUAAUGUAAUGAAGUUGCAUCAUUUUUCUUCACCAAUUAGUUGCUGAAAAUAUGACUAUUUUCAAUCGCGUCAAGCCCGAAUGGUCUGUGGGCCUUUGUCAUUGCUACAAAGAUAUCCCUACAUGUUGCAUAACAUGUCUUCUUCCAUGCGUCACCUUCGGUCGGAUUGCAGAAAUUGUAGAUGAAGGACGAAGUUCAUGCUUUAACCAAGGCUGCGUGUAUGGGUUGUUGAUGAUGGUUCAAUGUCAGUGGCUCUAUUCAUGCAUCUAUAGAGAGAAGCUGCGCAAAAAGUUCUGUUUACCCGACCAGCCAUGUUGUGAUUGUUGCGUGCAUUUCAGCUGCGAAUUAUGUGCCCUUUGUCAAGAGCAUGCCGAGCUCAAAGCUAGAGGUUUUGAUCCCUCCAAAGGUUGGAGUGGGCGACCAAAUGCCCUUCCAAAGAUGCAUUUCUCCAUGUUUAAAUAAAAAAAAAUAAAAAAAGCAUCGAAGUACAGGAUCCUCCGGAGGAAUGAACAAAUUAAUAACUGUAUUUCAGUAGUAAAUUAAGUCAUUUUUAAUUUGUGAAAAAUUUUAUACGCCACCUUAUAAUGUGGUUUCAUUCAGACACAACAGCUUAGCUAUAUAUACUACUUGCAGAAUAA